AUGGCCAUCGACGCACAGAUCUCCGACCCGUCACUUGCGUCCGUCCUCGAGACGUCGAGCUCUGCACGGGAGCAGGCUCUCGCCCUCGUAGAGCUCGUGGCCGAGGCGCACACCGCCGCGGGCGACGGGCCGCUCAGUUCCGAGGUGCAGGCCGAAAUCUCGAAGCAGCAGAAGCUGCUGAACACGAACCUCUCCCGCCUGCGCGGGCUCCACCGCGCGGCCUGCUUCGGCGCCCGUGACACCAAGGCCGUGACGGCCGAGGCGCGGCAGGAGGUCGACCGACUGCACCUGCUGCUCCAGAAUCUGUACUACGAGCAGCGCCACCUCGAGGAUGAGAUCCAGGCCUGCGAGGGUUUCGAUCACAAAUACCAACAACUUCCACUCAUCCCCGUCGAGGAGUUUCUAGCCCAGCAUCCCGAGCACGCCGACGCAGACGAGAACGCCCUCAUGGUUGCGCGCAUCGAUCACGAGAGAGCGGAGCGGGAGGCGCUGGAGCAACAGAGGCAGGAGCUCCUCAAGCGCAAGCAGAAGCUCAUCGCCGACAAUAAGAAACGGCGGGACGAUCUUGCGAACCUCGACAAGGAUCUCGAAAAGUUCAUCGACGCUGCCAAGCCCAUCCAGAAGCUCUUCGAGAAGGUCGUGUGA